AUUUAUAAACACAAACUCACACGCUCUUUCUUCCUCAGCUGACUCAUCAUCUCUUCUCUUGCUCUCACUGUAUUUUUCUUUUCUUCUCUUCGAUUAAAAAUGGAGGAGGAAUUGCAGAAGCAUAACACUGAUUGUGUUUAUUUCUUGGCCUCUCCUCUCACAUGCAAGAAGGGAAUGGAUUGUGAGUAUCGGCACAAUGAAAUUGCAAGGCUUAAUCCUAGAGAUUGCUGGUACUGGUUGGCUGGGAACUGUGCUAAUCCAACCUGUGGUUUUAGACACCCUCCAUUAGAAAGGCAUGCUGAAGCACCAUCAGAAUCUGGAUCAUCUUCUCUACCUGCAAACAAGACCAGCAUCCCCUGUUAUUUUUAUUUUAGUGGUUUCUGCGGUAAAGGUGACAGAUGUUCUUUUAUGCAUGGCCCGGAUGCCAGUACACGUACUGGGAAAUCUGGCAAUACCUCUUUAGCAUUCAAGGAAGGCACUCCCUUGGAUAACAAGACAUCUGUAGGAAAUGUUGUGUCUGCAUCAACAGAAGCAUGUGCUAAUCUAUCUAAAACAGCUUCAGGUUUGAUGUUGCAAGCUAAAAAGGACAUUCAGCUUCCAGCUCCCAAAAAUGUUAUAGUGCAAAGUCCCUUUCCAGAGGUUGUUUUGAGGCACUGUGAAGAAGCUGUUGCUGUUAAGUCAGAUUUCUUGCUUCAAUCAGACAGCUUUAUUCAAAGCAGAUCUCAUGUUUGCACAGAUUUGAGUUCAGUACAGCAAGUGGAUGGCUAUGUUGAACCACAGGAGUGUUGGGAAUCAUCCCCUGGUUUUGAUGUUCUUGUGGAUGACAAAUCAGGGAAUUUGGUUUACGAGGAUGAUCAAGAAUAUUUACUGGCUCUUGACAGGGAACACAGGGAGCUAAAUAACCAUUUCCAAGGGUAUGAAUUUGAAGACCUAGAGUAUGACCGUACAUACUGUGAUACAGAAGUUAUGUAUAAGCAAGAGACAUACGAUUCAUUUGAUUGUUUGGAUAAUGUGCACAUCUUUGAUGAUGUUGGAAACAGCUCUGGCUUCUCUAGUGACCGAAUUCUGGAUUCUUCAUUGCGCCGGAAGAGAAAACUCUUGCCAAUGGAACUGAGGGUUGUGGAUCUUCAAGACCGCUGGAGGAAACACAGAGUAAAUAAUGGCCUUCCAGUGAUUAGAUCAACAAGAAGGCAUGACUCAACUCGUCUGCUUGGUCGAGGUCGGGAAAAGCCUCAAAGACCUGGGUUUAGCCGGUGGCUGCAAGGAAGGUUGGCAUCAAAGGUUGGAAAGAAUGUAUUUGAUUCAUUUGAAGAUAAUGGAAUUUUGUUAAAUUGUGCUAACCAGAAUGGCUGGCGAAGGCACUCAAGGUUGAAUAGGUCCAGGCUGCAAAACAGGGGAAAAAGGCAGGCUAAAGGGCAAUUUCUUUCUUCUGAAGUGCUAAGGAAACCAGUUCCCAGAGAGAGGAAAUAUAAUAAUUCAUCCACUGAGUUUACAGGACCCAAGUCCCUUGCUCAGAUUAAAGAAGAGAAGAAAAAAGCUGAAGAUAAUGGAGAUUACACUGGGAAAACUGGUAAUUCAAAUAGAAUGGCGUUAGCUGACUUCGAGGGUCCUAAACCUCUUAGUGAAAUCCUCAAAGACAAGAGGAAGAUGGGUACUGUGGAAGAUGAUGAUGGUAGUACAUAUGACUAAAAGGUGAUACUACAAAGACUGGAAAGAAUCAAGAACAUUUAGUACAAGUUGCUAAUUUUGUACAAGAUAAUGAAGAUAAAAUUCUUGUUCGACAGAAUGAUACAGCAUAUCUUCCCAAUUCUUGAAUGGCUGCUUACCAUCAUUGGAUGAAGAAUAUUUUGUUCAUUCCUGUUGCUGGAAGAAGACAUUGAGAAGAAAGCUUUAUCGUCACCUAAUUAGGAUUGUUUUCGUGAUCUCUACCAAUAUGCUGGUUACUGAAUAGAAGCUUUAAACUAGAACAUGCUGGUUUUUGCUCAUACAUUUCAAAGAAUUUGAUUACUUCAUAAUGAGCUUGUCCCCAUCUUUUGUACAGAGUUACCUGUAAAAUGCUUGAAUCAAUUCAUGGAUCAGUAAAUUGGCAUUGAGAAUUCCAUCAUCCUGCUUUCUUUUGCAAGUGUUGAUUAAUCUUUGAACAUUAAUUCAUUUUAUAACUCUACUCCUUUAGCUUCUAUGGAUAUGCUUGAUAUGUAACUAUACAAUGAGUUCCUUGAAACUUUUGAGUUGAUGCCAUUACAGUCAUGCUUCUGAUAAAUGAUGGAAAGUGCUUUUUUUUUUUUUUUUUUUUUUCACCUUGUUCAGAAGACGAAGUUCAGCACAUCAUUUUGUUCAAUUCAACAUCAACAACACUACUGAGCUGGGAGUGGUGAAUUAGUACUUCCAGUAAUUCAAUUUUAAGAUUGUCUAUUCUCUUGUAAAUGGAACACAGGUCUAUAGAAGUGGUGUAUUCUUAAGAAGUAUUUACUCAUAAUCAUUGAAAGAAAAACAUUGGUUGAUUAACUUGAGACUGGGGUUCUGCCUGGUCAAUUUAUCAUGAUUUUUUGGUAUUUAAUUGGUAGGUUUAAUACAAAACUUGCCAGGUAGGAGGCAAAAUGUAUCUGUCAAACCCUCCUUGGAGCAUAAAGGAAAUUGUAUGGAGCACUCUCUCCUAAUUUUUGUUGCCAAGUACAAAACGGCUGCUUCCUAGCUAGUUGUUAAGUACAUAUAAACCAAACCAACUUGAUUUGUAAUGAGCUAGUUGUCAGGCAAUAUAUCAUUAGGUAUCAUCGGAUAUUAACUAUUUAAUUAUUUUGGCCUUAAUUAAUUUUAUCAGGUCCAAAACUAAGGAGAGCUUGGUAAAUGCUUAUACAAAUAUAUAGAUUCCAUUUCGUGACUGUUUUUUCUUAUGCCUCAUUUUGUCAUUUUCUUCUCUCUCUCUCUCUCUCUCUCUCUCUCUCUCUCUCUCUCUCCUCUUAUAAUGGAAAAAUGACUAACAUCAUAUAGUUGGACUCCUACCCAAGUUCUUGCACCCACCAAAGAAUGCUCUAGACCAUUUUUCUACCUCAUAGACCACCAUCUACACCCAUAAGCAUACGCAUAUUAUAUACCAUAUAUAUAUAUAUAUAACAGAGAGGGAGAGAAGAAGAAGAAGAAGAUGGAGGGUGGCAGCCUAAAGAGGUCUACAACAUCCUUUAGAAGACAAGGAUCCUCGGGGUUGGUAUGGGAUGACAAGUUCUUAUCAGGAGAAUUGAAGCAAAACGAAGAAAAGGCAGAAAUAAGUAGUCCAAGAUCAUCAAAUAAUGGAAAGAUGCAACGCAGUCGCUCCGCCGGAGGAGCUAUCUACCGUACGGUCAAGGUUUCAUCUUCACCAAACGUCGACCCUCCAUCUCCUAAAGUCUCAGGCUGUGGAUUGUGUGUCAUUUUUGGCAAGCCAGUUUCUACCCAUCAACGAAAGUCCUGUAAGCGUUAAUUAGUAUUCCGAAUUUGCUUGUGCAUCACUCGCAUAUAGUUUUCAAGGUUAAAAAUACCUACUCAAAAGGAAGGACUUUUAAUUUC